CAGCAGCCUCUUGAAGCGGCUCUCUGUGUUCAAGGUGCGGCAGAGACUGGAAGGGGACACCGUAAGCGCUAGCUAAAGGCUAGUGCGGAACACAUUAUUAUUUUACCCUGUUUCAAAGCAAAAGACAACAUUGAAUGAAGAUUUUUUUUUUGUUGUGAUAUCCAAAAAGCUUAUUAUAUUCUCCAAAGUGUUAAAGGAAGCUAAAUAGAAGGACAGGCCGAGAUCUUCACCCUCAGCCGGGACUCAACGAGGACAGCUAGCUAGCUUUCACAAGUGUGUUAACGCCAAGACCUGGAUCUGACUGAACCAGUUUCACUAUAAACAACGUCGCAAUGGCUGAUGUGGAUAAACUCAACAUAGACAGUAUCAUCCAACGUCUUUUAGAAGUCAGAGGAGCCAAGCCUGGCAAAAAUGUACAGCUGCAGGAGAAUGAGAUCCGUGGACUGUGCCUCAAAUCCAGGGAGAUCUUCCUCAGUCAACCCAUUCUCCUGGAGCUGGAGGCACCGCUCAAGAUUUGUGGUGACAUCCACGGGCAAUACUAUGACCUGCUGAGGCUGUUUGAGUAUGGAGGGUUUCCUCCAGAAAGCAACUACCUGUUUCUGGGUGACUAUGUGGACAGGGGGAAGCAGUCUCUAGAAACCAUCUGUCUCCUUCUGGCCUACAAAAUCAAAUACCCAGAGAACUUCUUCCUGCUGAGGGGAAACCAUGAGUGUGCUUCAAUCAACAGAAUAUAUGGUUUCUAUGAUGAGUGUAAACGAAGAUACAACAUCAAGCUCUGGAAGACCUUCACAGAUUGUUUUAACUGUCUCCCUAUUUCUGCCAUUGUUGAUGAGAAGAUCUUUUGCUGUCAUGGAGGACUGUCACCUGACCUCCAGUCCAUGGAGCAAAUCAGACGCAUCAUGCGCCCCACUGAUGUCCCUGACCAAGGUCUGCUGUGCGAUCUGCUCUGGUCCGAUCCAGACAAGGAUGUUCUGGGCUGGGGGGAGAACGACAGGGGUGUCUCGUUUACUUUUGGCUCAGAGGUUGUGGCCAAGUUCCUGCACAAGCAUGAUCUGGAUCUGAUCUGUCGUGCCCAUCAGGUUGUUGAGGAUGGCUAUGAAUUUUUUGCAAAAAGGCAGCUCGUGACUUUGUUCUCAGCGCCCAACUAUUGUGGAGAGUUUGAUAAUGCUGGUGCCAUGAUGAGCGUGGAUGAGACCCUCAUGUGCUCCUUUCAGAUUUUGAAACCAGCUGAAAAGAAGAAGCCCAACGGCAGCCGUCCUGUCACCCCCCCUCGCAACAUGGUCACCAAGCAAGCCAAGAAAUGAGACGGGGGACAAAAGGCGGGAGUCUCACUCCUCAAUUCUGCUUUCGUCUUCUGCAUUUGAAGGAUUGGUUUUCCUUCAUGCUGCCAAUAUUGAAAAGAUAUUCACUCCUACUCGAUGAAAACAAAAUAUUUUGUUGUUUUGUCCACAGGGGUAAAUUGAUAUGUCACCAUGAAAACCUCAGGUGUUUUGCACUCCAUUUUGCAGCUAGUCUUUGCCACAUAUGACUGUUCAAUCAGGAAAAAUGUAACAAUACGGCUACUUAUGCACAGGAAUGCCUUGUUUGAAGCUGUGCACAAUUUUUCAAUUUUUUUUUCAAUGUCUUAUCCAUUUUUCAUCUCUUUCUCACUGUUAGUAAAGGGUAAUAAUGGCUAUUAAACCAACGGGGAAAAGUCACAAACACCUGUUUACUUGUGUAAAAUAUUAUGUAUGAUUUAUUUACAGUCACUGUCACGAGACAUUGACUUUACACUGCAUCAUAACACUUUUAAACAAGUCUUGUGCUGAAUUAAAUGAAUAAACAAGCAAUCUUGUAAUGUCUAAAUCUUUCUAAUAAACUGAGUGUAUUUUAGGGGGAAAACUGGAA